AUGCGCCCACUCAUUCGGUUGCGACCGAGCCUCUACCCUCGGCCUAGCAUCACAAGGGCCGUGAGAUUGCCAUCAACACAACCACGAUGGCUUUCAGCUACAGUAAAGCGCAAUUGCUCGUGUGCUGAUGCCGCCAACGGUCGACCCGCAGCUCCGACAUUAUCUCCCAACGACCAUCGAGCUAUGGGAACGACCCAGGAGCUUUUCACCUCGUCCAUCUACACCCCCGGCUCCCCCCUCUUCCUUCCGAAUGGCACGCAUGUUAUCAACAAGCUCAUAUCCUUCCUCCGCGCCCAAUACUUGCAAUACGGCUUCCGCGAAGUCUUGACCCCGACCAUCUACAAACGAUCCCUCUGGGAGGUAUCAGGUCAUUGGCAGAAUUACAAGGAUGAUAUGUACGAAGUGACAGGUCGUGGAGCAACCGGAGAGACAGAAGGCGAAGUCGGCGAAGACGAAUCGUACGGCCUUAAGCCGAUGAACUGCCCGGGUCAUUGUCUGCUAUUCAAAUCGCAGAACCACUCAUACCGUGAGCUGCCAGUGCGCUACGCCGAUUUUAGCCCGCUGCACCGGAACGAAGUCUCUGGCUCAUUGACUGGUCUCACCCGCGUCCGUCGCUUCCACCAGGAUGACGGCCACAUUUUCUGCCGACCGCAGCAGAUCAAGUCGGAGAUUGCGUCGGCAUUAGGAUUCGUGGAUAUGGCGAUGAAGACAUUCGGACUCGGGCCUUAUCGAUUGGUGCUUUCCACUCGACCGGAGACGGAUUAUAUUGGAAGCAUUGAGAUGUGGGAUAAUGCCGAGGGACAGCUGCGCGAGGCGCUGGACAGUACAGGGCGCGAGUGGGCAUUGAAUGAGGGAGAUGGUGCCUUCUACGGACCGAAGAUCGAUAUCCAACUUCAGGAUCAGGCGGGUAAAUACCAUCAACUCUCGACCAUUCAGCUUGAUAUGAACUUGCCUCGACGUUUCGAGCUUGAGUAUCAGGUUGCUGAAGGUGAAGAGGACUAUAACCCAGCCACUCCCGGCGUGGCUACGCCUGUCUUGGUGCAUCGCGCUAUCUUUGGCUCACUCGAACGCUUCCUGGCCCUCUUGAUCGAGCACCAUGGUGGCCAUUGGCCCUUCUGGCUAUCCCCUCGCCAAGCCAUUAUCUUAACUGUCAACCAGGAUGACGCAGUCGUGCGACAGGCGCAGGAGGCAGCUGCCAAGUUUUCUGGAUUCCGCGCCUUGGUGAGCGAUGGUAAUGCGACCCCACCGCGUCCAUUGUCAUUGUCCGACUCUACUUUUCUGGUCGACGUCGACAGUAGCGCACAAAGUCUAGGCAAGAAGAUCCAGCGAGCCAAACAGAUGAAGUAUAACCUGAUCUUUGUCCUUGGGCCUCGGGACGCUGCCGGUGGCGGCAUCACACUCGAUCUCAGUGGACAGAUGCAAGGCAAGACCGAUGGCGAAGGUCAGGACUUCCAUACACUAAUCUGUGAACAGCUUGGGGAAGAUGCAUUGCAGAACCCUCGGGCAGUGAAAUUGCAGGUGGACAAGGUGCACCAGUUGCUGGUGCAGCUUGAAAAGAGCUUCUUAUGA